AUGGACUAUGUACUCACCCGGGAUUUUCUGGAUAACAACCGCAUUAACCUACAGCACUAUCUCUGGAUAGAGUUGUUUGGGUAUCACAUCCAUCCUACCAUCCCAACAACCAGCCCAACCCUAAGAAUCGCCGACAUAGGCACUGGCACCGGCGUCUGGCUGACAGACCAAGCCCGUCGACUGCCCAGCACUGUUUUCUUGGAAGGCCUUGACGUUUCGUUUGACGCAACUCCGCCGCAGGAGUUGCUGCCUCCGAAUGUGAACCUCCGAGAGUACAACAUCCUCGGAGAAACGCCCCCGGACCUCCAAGGUCUAUAUGACAUAGUGCAUAUCCGAAAUUUCUCCUUUGUUCUUAAGAAUGACCAAGUCGAGCAGGUCAUCCGCAAUCUUUAUCAAUUGCUCAAACCGGGUGGCUACAUCCAAUGGGGAGAACCCGAUGUGUCGUCUUUCCGCAUCGAAAAGUCUGACCCGGAAAACAAGAUCGGAGCCCUGACCGAGCUAAUCCAGAUAGGCCAAGGACAAGAUGGCCGACUUCGCCCGACCUGGGUUCCUAAACUGCCCAGAUAUUUCCAGGAAAUCGGAAUGGAGGGAGUAGAGUCAGAUGUGAAAGAGCCACCGCCGCAUUUGGCAUUUGCAAAACAUGAAUGCAACCUCAUCAUUCAUGAACUGAUUUCGCGCAAGACGCAGAACGCAGCCGUCGGCGAGAAGUUGAACCAUAUCAUUCCCGCGGUAGCUCGGGAGACACAGCAGGGCUCAUACUGGGCUUUUACGAGGUGGACUGUUAUCGGUCGGAAGCCGUUACCUGCCAAUGGGAUGUAA